AUGACACCGACUACAGACACGCUACCCCCAGCUAGGACCUCAGAGUACUCUCCCGUUGGAGAUAACCAUUCUUUCGUUGCAGACCUAUGCGGAUCCUCCCCAGAGGCGGUCUCAGCUCACCGUGGUGACUGGGGGUCGAGCACUAAAGAGCGGAUCCUGUCGACAAAUCUCCUAGAUGCAAGGGAUGCCCUUGACCUCAUUGCAGUUGCUGGGUCUACUGAAGUGGCUGAUGCAGCGGGUUCGCGCUCAGUUGAUUCGCAUCAGAGGCCUACCGGACCCUCACAGCGCUCUGCAACUGCCCAUCCAGUCCGGGAAACAUUAGCCGCUUCCUGGGACAGAUUUUUCUUGGUUAAAAGAGGAAUUAUUCUGGCUCACGAAGCAGUGGAGUACCUGGACUUCUACUUUGCCCACCUUUGGCAUCUCUUACCCAUCAUCCCGCUAUGGUACUCGGUACCAGCCCGCUAUGGCACUUUGGCUGAUGAAGAGCCUGUGCUCACGAUCAGUCUCGUGACAAUAGCUUCCAGGUAUCAUGUCUUGAGCGGAUUUAAUGGCCAAGCCAGGUCGGAAAGGAUCCAUUGGAGGACUUGGCCGUGGGUGCAACGGCUCUUUCAGUCCUCCAUGUGGGGAUCACGCGCCAUGCGCAGCCUCGGAUCCAUUACGGCCUUGUUGUUGUUCAUUGAAUGGCAUCCCCGGGCAAUCAACUCACCAGAAGAUUUGAUAAGUGAUUGCGCGGACAUGGAAAUUUUUGAGCCACAUUCUCAGUUGUCAGACGGGGAAGCAGCACUUCCUGGGACAGAGACUGCAGAGUCAUACCGCAGACCUGACCCGUCGAGCAUACCAGAAAAACUCAAUCUGGUUGCAACUGCAUAUAGAAGCAACAAGAUGAUGCUCUUGUCUACGGCCAUCGCUUUAGCGAAAGAGAUAGGGUGUUUGGGCGAUGAUGAGGUGUUAACUCAGACCACUUCAAGGGGGGAACGCGAGAGUAUAUCCGUCAGAAAAGAGUGGAGUUUUCUCUUACGUACCUUUAUCCGUCUCACUGAUGAGGCACUUGCGCUACGCCUCCGAAUAGAGCCUCAUUUGGCAAGCAGUGGCUCGGUGGAGAUCGAUCGACAUGCGUCAAAUAUAACACUUGACGGGUUUUUCGAAAGUAUGGUCGACCUCGCUCCUCAUAUGCAUAAAGCCAGGGAGCUUCUUCAUAACUGGAGGCGAAGUCAACAAGGCACAGGGCCAGUGGUUCCAGUUGCCGCAUGGGAAAGCUUCAAGCGAGGUCUCGAUUCCUGGGAAAGGAACCGCCGUCUUGGCCAAACAGAUCUUUCUCUUCGUGGAGCCUGUCUUGACAUUGAAUACUUCUAUAUCCGUCUAUGCGGGCUGAGUCCUGCCGCGCAUUUGUUCGAGAGCUCAUCCACAAUAUAUGCGACAAACUCCUAUAUAAUGUCAUUAGCCCCUUUUGCUGAGGAGGCAACGAAAGCGUCAGUCAACAUGCUUGAAGUCGUUGUACAAAUAUUUUCAUCAUCGGAACCUUUCCAAUACGCCACGGUUCAAUGCUGGCUUUAUGUUUUCUGUGCCUCAUUAUAUCUUCUUAAGAUCACCUUCAAGAUGGAGCAGGUAGACAGCCAUUCCAUGGGCCUCAUUGUAAAGGUCAUCGAUGGAAUCAAGGAAAACGCUCCUGAUGACAUCCACAUGUCCCGGCGGUACGCCGCCCUGCUGGAAAUUCUUGUCAAUGCGGCCUUGCGGACGUCAGAAUCAGGGAGCAAGGGGAUGGAUGUCAGCAGUCAGACAAGUCUGGACCCGGACAAAUUUCCGCCGUUGGCCCAUUAUGAAUUAGGUCUUGGGGAGGAUUGGAUAUACGACCCCAAUUUCUGGGAAACAUUGCCCGAUGUGGUGGGAUUGAACGUCGUGCCUAGCCUUAUGCCUGGGUAG